AUGAAGUCUGAGUUCUCUCUUCGCGCUGCCGCUCUGUGUGGCCUGGCUGCCAUUCAGGGCGCCUCAGCCCAUCUUGCCGCUUACACCAACGGCAUGUACUGCCCCAAGGGCCCUCUCACCAACUUCACCGAUCCCAACCACGUCGUGUACGAUCCCCUAUACAACCUGAAAAAGGAUGCCUGGUUCCUGUCCAAGGGCCGUAACUGCUGGCUCGCUCCCCCUGUUGGUGUCUGGGAGAUUCAGGCCAACUCGGUCAUCCAAGUCCCUUGGGCCAACCAAAACAACUCGCACGGCUACUACGCGGACGGAAAGGAGCAGAACGAGCGUCCCCAGCCCUUCUCCGUCACGAACCCUGCCGUCAUUGCUGCUGGCCUGGUCUCUUCUUCCGGAGGAAUCAACAGCCCUAAUAUGCAUGCUGGUAACAAGUCGACUGCCGCUGGUACUGCCGUUGCCAUCGCUUACAAGUCCAACAUCUAUGACGUGAAGAUGGAGGACUUUGUCGUCUUUACCACUGCUCCUCAGACCCCCUUUGAGCGUCUGGUUACCUACAACAUCCCCAACCUGAAGGCUUGCAACGAGUGCCUCUGCGCUACUGUCUGGAUCCCCGAUGGCUAUGGACAGCAGAACAUGUACAUGGCUCCCCACAAGUGCAAGAUCAUCAACCCCAACGGUGGCCAGCAGCCCAAGACUCCCUCUCUCGUCCCAGGCCCCAACGUCAGGGGACCCAAGCAGAUGAUUGCUGCUUUCCAGGCUGAGGGCAACAACGUCCAGUGGAAGGGUGGCCAGCAGGUUCCCACUUACACCUCCCGAAUGGGCUUCACUGCUGGUGCCCAGACCGAUAUCUUUUAA